UUAAAAAUCGCGCUCUUUACACUUCACAACACUUAAAAGUGAUAACUGUUGUGCGAUAACUCUCUCGUGAUGGUGCAAGCGAUGUCUGUUUCAGUGUUGGAAAUGUGCCAGUUUAUUGUUAUUGCAGUGUUGUGUUUGACUGUUGAUUGCAAUCAACAACACAAAUGGUAAACAAAAUAAUCUAUCGAAACACAAAGAAACGUAUCGCAUUUUUAUACAUAAAACACGCCACGGUUCAUGAUGAUGAUGGCCAAUACAAACACAGAUACAGAUCCCGAGCUGGACAAGGAGAAUAACAAGCGCAGUCAACAGCAAACGAUGCUUGGCACAACAAUUGGUCAACGAUUCGUUAUACCACAACUGAAGAUACCACAGCUGAAUCUGGGUCACCAGCCAAACACAGCCGAGGCGCUUGCCGCCCAGGAAGCACAACAUCGUGCAGCCGAUGCCCACAAUGAGCUGCUGCUCAACGAGAUCAAGCGACGACGUGAGCAACAAAAGGCGGCGUCGUCUUCAGUUGGUGACCAGCUGCCCACAUUAGGUGGCUUCACCAUACCCAAGCUGCGCACAGCCAGCGGUGAGGCGCUGGAGGAGCCACAACUGAAUAUUCCUUUACUGAAUAAGCUGCGCAGUCAAAACAAUUCGCUGACCGAGGUGACGCAAGUGGAGCAGGGCGUCAAGAAGCUGAAAAUUGCUACAGAAACAUUGCCACAAGAGCCACAACUGAAUAUUCCUUUGCUAAACAAGCUGCACAGUCAAAACAAUUCACUGACCGAGGUGACGCAAGUGGAGCAGGGGGUCAAGAAGCUGAAGAUUGCCACGGAAACAGUGCCACUGAUCGAUUUGACAACCGCUGUGAUUGCGAUGCCAAAGGAUGCGCCACCUCGUGAGGCAGCCACAAAAGUGUCAAACCGAAAGGCAACGCUGGUAACGGAGCAUUUUGAUAUACCAUUCAUUGGUUGCGAUGGUUUGCGCAGCCGUUUGAAUGCUGGACUCUUGUCAAAAACACAGUUAAAGACACAGACUGACAUCGAAUCGCAACCUAUUGUAGAAAUUGAGGAGAAAUCAAGUAUUAUUGGCAAGUUUAUGGACAGAUCAGUGGGUUAUCCGCAGCCUAGAAAACCGCAACUGAAAUACGCCGCGUCCCAAUUGGAAUUGCAGCAUUUGAAGAUGUGUCAGCGGCAGGAUUACGGUUCUAAUUUGAAACGAUUUCUAUUCGAUACACCGUCGCCAGAUGAACGAAUUAAGGAAGCAUUGCAAAAAUCGUGGCGUAUAUCCCGCACAUAAUCGGUGCUACAACUUAAAUUAUAUAUGUGCAAAGGUUGACAUUAUAAAUUAAUUAACAAAUUUAAAACAACAAAUAAAAUCAAAUUUCCAA